AAACCUGAUCUUGUCAACAGGCAUACACACACAUACGCAAAUAUUUCCAUUCACAUGCACACACUUACUGUUAUGUACAGUCAGUUAUACAUACAAGAAUAGAUGGGUGUGUGCGUGCGAGUGUGUGUAUGUGUGUGUGUGUGAAGUUGAAGUUGGUCGUUCUUGGUAUCAGUUCAUUUUCAAUUUUCGGUUCGAGACGUUGUGUGCGUGUGCGUACGGAUUGUAAUAACAUACAUACUUGUUUACAUUAACACAUACAUCUUUGACAACAUCUCAAAUUAAAAAGAAACUACUUCAAAUGUAUUCCUUCUUGUGAGAGGCGACUUAUCAGUGCUUUCUGUGCCUUGUGAUCAAAUUAAAAAAGAAUGCCAUAUUUCACAAAAUACAAGAGACAGCUAUAAAUCUAUAUCAAAAUGAGCAGCAGCGCUUCGAUGGACAACACUUGCGAUCAGGACUACACCGAGUUUCUCAACGAAUACCUUUUGCAGACGAAUCUGCCCGGCAACGAGCCGGAAACCCAUUAUGAAGAUGGCGAAAUGGAAGCCGAAUGGUUAAUUUCAGCUGGAUAUCCCGAAUUGACAAAGCCCUUCGAGCGGGGCAUUGAGCUGCGCUCCACGGUGCUGGAGCCAGUUCUGGCGACACUCUCGAGGCCCCACGCUGAGGCGAUCAAGCAAAGGGUUCGAGCACUCAAUCAUACUGUGAGAGGACGCACCAAGAAUCGCUCGAAACGCAAACCCGACAUACGCGAUGUAUUUCGCGACUUUGAUGAGUCAAGCACGGGCACUCGAUCCCGCAGCGCAACGCCAGACUCGCUGGAUUCGGUGCACGGUGACGAUGUCUGGGGCAAUCCCUCAAUUCCGAGUUUCGUGAGCAUAUCGACGGAUCACAGUGCGACCAACUAUAACAAUGCCGGCGGCUAUCCAACGCUGAGCAAACACCUGAAGCAGAAGAUACGGCGUACGCCGAGUGCUCCACUCAAAUCGGCGACGUCCACGGAUAUAUUUCGUGGGUCGCAGGUGCGUUGCGAUAUACCCAUGUACUCAUCGGAGGGCAUCGAGCUGCUUGGCUUCUCAAAGAUUGGCACACUGCACAUGCCGCCGCGCAAUCGAUCCGGCUCGGAUCCGUCGUGUUCGAUUGGCCGGGUCUGUGGCCAAAAUAUGCAGGAUUCGCAGAGUGAGAAUAAUACGUCAUCGGGUGACUCCAGCGAUGAGUACCUACCAAAUACGGCUCGCAUCUCAACGACGCUUGCAUCGUCCCCUGAAAAGAUAUUACACAAAAUGAACCUGGAGACGCCGCAUCAGCAGAAGCAGCAGCAGAAAAUGGGUAACUCCUCGCCUUCGUCGCGAGACGGCAUCAGCUUUGAGAGCAUGUGCCGAGAAAAUUCUAGUCAGGAUGAUGGCGGCAUUGACACCGUGGACAGCAACGUUCUAGGAAUACAACAGGAAUACAACAACAGCAACUCCGACAUAAAUACCAUAAAUGAGACAGAUUUGAAGCGCUUGCAGCCGAUCUUCUGGCUGGAACUGGCCACCAUAUUCGAUCGCAAUCAAGUGCUGUUGGACAAACGGAAACCGUUCAAGCGACGUCGCAAGGAGGAGGGCAGCCUCUUCGGGGUGUCGCUGAAUGCGCUAAUUCGCCGCGAUCAGCAACUGUCCGGCAUGGACUCGACGCUGGUGCCCCAGUUUCUGGAGGGUCUGCUCGAGGAGCUCUCGAAGCGGGGCACACGAGAAGAGGGCAUUCUGCGUGUAGCUGGACAAAAACACAAGACUGAAUUAAUUUACAACGAAUUAGAAUCAAGUUUUUAUCAAAAGCCCGAAAAAUUCGCCCAAUUGCUGAGCAGCGCCAGCGUUCACGAGCUGAGUGCGCUGCUAAAGCGUUGGCUGCGCGAACUGCCCCAGCCACUGCUGACCAGUGAGCUCAUUCAGCUCUUUUAUCAGUGUCACACACUGCCGCCAACGGAUCAGAUGCGUGCCUUAUCCAUAUUGUGUCAGAUGCUGCCGCACGAGAAUCGCAACACUCUGCGCUCGAUAUUACGCUUCCUCAACUCGAUUAUCGACCUGAAGGAUAUUAACAAAAUGAAUUUGCAUAAUGUGUCCACGAUCAUUGCACCCUCGUUCUUUCCCCCACGCUAUAUCCAUCCGAUCGACAAGAAUAGCAUCGAGGAGCAGGUCAAAAUGGCAGCAUUAUGUUGUCGCCUCACAAACGUGCUAAUCACCAGAAGCGAGAGUCUCUUUCAGGUGCCCGACAAUUUGAUCACAGAAUCACGUAAUCAAACAGCGCGACAGGGCAAACGCGGACACCGGCGACCAAAUAAGCCAUCUCUAUUCAAUGCGAGGAUCGUAGUGCCGGGAACUUCGGGUAUUACGAGUCCUAGAAAUAAUGCCGAAAGCAACGAACACAGAAAUGUCACAACUAUUGUACGCAGUCCAUCCUUCAAUCCAAGUCAUGUGCACCGCUUCGUAGUCUAAGGCCAAUGCGUGCUAUUUCUAUUUUUGAUUUUUCUACAAUUUCACUAAUGUGUAUCAUAUCUCUUUGUGCUUGCAUUAGUAAUUAUACAAAACUUUGAUGAAAUUGUUUCAGUAAAUAAUGCGUACUAAAAACACACACUUUAAAUAUAAUUUUGGCCCAGACAUCGCUUACUUUCUAUUGUUAACUCUAAUUGUCACGAAAAUUAUUCACUUUUGUAUGUACAAAAUAAUUAUGGAUACUAUGUUGUUAUGCGAAUUGUAUUAUUUUUUCUAAAACUGUUAAAAGGGUGGGGAAGCAAUAAAAAACACAAACCAUUUGA